AUGGCAGAUAUUGCAAUUUUGGUAGCUGAAGAGUAUGAGAGGAGGGUGAAGAAUGCAAGGAAGGCUGGGUCUGCUUUAGGAGAUCAUCAGCUGGAGACUGACUUGUUUUCCUGCGUUUCAGUUAUGGCUCACUCCCUCCACAAGAAGAUUGGACAAGAAAAGAUGGAGUUUGUCAAGUGGGUUAUGGAGCCCAAGAGCCAGAUUGGUCUUGAGGCCUCCAAUGGCUUCUUCUCUGCUUGA